AUGGGCGCGGCGCGCCAUGCGUCCGCGCACGCGCCCGCUGCGGCUGCUCCUGGCAGCGCUGGCGCUGGCCUCGUGCGCCGCCGCCCCCGCGCCCGAGCCGCGGGCGCAGCGAUCCGCCAACCUGAGCCAUAUAACUGGCACCUCCCGCACGAUACAGAUGUUCCUCAAGAAUCGUUAUCUUCAGCUGCUGCCGGAUGGCACAGUCAACGGUACCACAGAUUACAACAGCGUUUACAGUAA